AUGAACAAAAACGGAACAGCUAAAAUGAAUGAUAAUCAAAUUAGAGCAGAAGGUAGAAGGUUAUUUAAACGCUUCUAUAACAUUCCUGAUGGUGCUAAUCCUAAAACUCGUAGGAGCUAUUUAAAUGAAGCAAUAGAUGCAUAUGAAGGGUUUGACAUUUCAUCAGAAAGUGAGAGAUUAGCGAGAAUGUUAAAUGUUAAUAUUGAUUUCUAUUAUUGUGAUCCUCAACCAGAAGACGUGGACAUAAAUAAGGUAGACUUUCCAUUAGUGGAAUCAAUAAUGAUAGAUCCAGAAUUUGAAACAGUAAAUAUUUUAUUAACACAGAGUCCAUGUGGAAAACUUCACGCUGACAGAAUAACAGACGUUGAAGCACUCACUGGCUAUAAAGUUUGUCCAUUUUGUAAAGAAGAAGUUUAUUCUAUCCGUGAUGAUCCAGAAAGGAAAAACCAAAGAAGAUUUUUAAAGCAUUGUGAGAAAUGUAAAGAAAAUAAUGGAAGAUUAAUUCAAGACGUUCAGUUGCAAAAGAC